GAGAGGCCCCGCAGGCCGACGAGGAUCGCUUGGAGGCUAUCUCUGCCGAGGCGAACAGGCUCAAACAACAAAUCGUGGAUGCCAAGAAGGAGAAAGACUUCGCCAGGAGCAGGAGACAAAGUAUCGAAAAGGAAUCGGUCUGCGAGCACACGAACACAGCGAAGCAAAUCGCAAACUAUCAUUGUCGGUUGCAAGCUAUGCACAAUACUAUUACAGUGGACAAAGAAGAGGCGAAUAGUCUGCGACAGAAUUGUCGCAAUGACGAUCGCAAGAAGCAGAGCCAGCAGGCGCUGGCUAGGAAGCUGAAAGAAGAGGCUGACCUGUGCAAGGCGCACAAGGCCAAGCUAGUUGUUGAGGUGCAGACCGAGUCGGACAAGAUGGCUGCUCUCCGAGCAGAAGUGAAGACCUACGAGCAGCGCUUAAAGGAAGCGCUGGAGCGAAAGGUCUUGGCGGAGGCGGAGGUCAUGGCCGCCAAGAUGGCGCAAGCAGCACAGGAGCAGUUGGAGAAGGAGGAGGAGGACGAGACGAGGAACGUCACAAUGAUGACUGGGAGCGACGAUGAGCAAGAGGAGGACGACGAGGAGGAAGAAGCACGAGUCCUGAACGACUUAGAGCUCUCCUACGAAGGCUUGGAGUUGUCGUCGAUCAUGCCCGUCCCUGCAGCGGUGCGGCUGGCCACAGGCCACAUCUCACACCAAGAGAAGAUGUCAAAAGCCGACAUCCCUGAAACUGGCAUUUUGGAGAGAGAAGGCAUCGAGUUUGGCCGAUGGACGCGGCCGUCGCCCAGCGGAAACAAGGAUUGGACCGAAGAGGAGCUGGAAGCCGAGUACGGCGAGCACCUCAGAAACUUGGAGAAGGUCCUCCUGGAACUUCGGCAGGAACAGGCGGAACAAGCGGAGGAGCGACGCUGCCAGUCGCGGCUUGCCGCCCUCAAGCAGAAGAAGAGGCAGGAGGCUGCAGCGGCUGCAGCUCGUGCGGGAAAACGCUUCCCGUGGAGCAUGGGAAACUGGUUGCGGAGUGAGAAGGCCGAGGCGCCGGAUCUGAAAAACGUGGAGCUGGCUCGGGAGCGGAAUGCCGAGCUGGGUGCCAUCUCCGAGUGCUCGGAGGAUGCGUACAUCACAGCUUUGGGGCGGCUGUGCUUGCAGCUUCCCCUCGACCUGAAGCUCUCUAGACUCGUCUGGCUGGGUGCCCACUUCGGCCUCAUGGCCGAUGCCGUUGUCCUGGCGUCGGUGCUGAGCUCCUUGGAUAGUUUCUCGAUGCCAAGCCCUCUCUUCAUGCGGGAGGAAGCCGAUUUCGUGGAGCGCCUGCGCUCGGCAGCCUCGGCGAGGCUGCUUUUCGAUGGAGGGGAGCUCUCCGAGCCCCUGAUGCAGCGUCAGCUCUUCUUGGAAUGGUUGGCGGAGUUUCACAAACAUCAUUAUGUGUGGGGUGACAAAGACAAAGUUCUAUGGGCCAGAAGAAG